CCAGAGCAGGUUCCAUUUAUUGGGAGAAGAAUGGAAAAUCAGUAAACACACGCAGAGACACUCCCUACCUCUCUCUUUGUCUCCUCUUCAUCAUCAAAAUUCCAUGGCUGGAAUCUUAGCUCGAAAGUCUAUGCUCGCUCUUCGAGCACGUCAUCUGGCUGUUGCAGGACCAGCUCUGCAGGGCUCACAUCAUUAUGGAAUGAGAUUUACUUCACACCCCUUUUCUACCAAGAAAGAUGACGAAGAAAGGGAGCAACUUGCAAAGGAGAUAUCAAAGGAUUGGAGUUCUAUUUUCGAGAGAAGUGUCAAUACCUUAUUUUUGACCGAAAUGGUGCGCGGACUGAUGCUGACCCUCAAGUAUUUCUUUGAGAGAAAAGUGACCAUCAAUUAUCCUUUUGAGAAAGGCCCUUUGAGCCCUCGGUUUCGUGGAGAGCAUGCCCUCAGACGUUAUCCAACUGGUGAGGAGCGUUGCAUCGCAUGUAAACUAUGUGAAGCUAUAUGUCCAGCACAAGCAAUUACAAUUGAGGCAGAGGAACGAGAAGAUGGCAGCCGUAGAACCACUAGGUAUGAUAUUGACAUGACUAAGUGCAUCUAUUGUGGAUUCUGUCAAGAGGCAUGCCCAGUGGAUGCUAUUGUUGAGGGACCCAACUUUGAAUUUGCUACAGAAACUCAUGAGGAACUAUUGUACGACAAGGAGAAACUACUUGAAAAUGGGGACAGAUGGGAAACUGAGAUCGCAGAGAACCUCAGGUCUGAGAGUUUGUACCGUUGAUCAAUUUUGUGAUCUGUAAUGACUUACCUCCCUUCCUUUCAUCACUGCACGAUCUAUUUGAAAAAUAUAAAAAGAAGUAAAUAAAGAAAGGAUGAAUUUUAGGUUAUCCUUUUUAAAGAGGUUGUCUUGUUUGAUCUGACUGUUUUAUUUGUGCUUUUAUUUUUCUUUCCUUUUCAGUUGGUACCAUUUUGUUAAAAUUUUGUAAUGAAAUGGAUGAAUAAUUUUGAUUGUAAUUGUAAUGUUCUUCACUUUUGUUAAUCAAAGUAUUACAAUUCAGUUUGGCUGUUA